CACUCCAACACCCAUCCUCCAGCCAACCAGCUGCUUACAACUCCAGCAUAGUAUAGUACAGCUUCUCCUCUUGCCCUUCGACAACGCAAGCACAGUUCAACUGUUCAAGGCAGGCAGAGAUGAGGCGUUGCAGCAACAUCAGUUCACCGCUCGCCGCUCUUGCUCUGCUCCUCCUCGUCUGCUUCUUCCAUUGCGCGGCAGCGGCUCGCCUCCUGCCUGCUCAUGCUGUUCCUCCUCCUUCUCACCUGCCUCACCAAGAGAAUGGUGUCAAGGCUGCUACAGAUGGCCCGGUGCUUCAGGAAGGUGCCGCGGGCAAUGGCGACGAGCUCGCAGUCUCCGAGGUGAUGGGGGCAGAGGAGGUGGAGGCGGCGUGUGAGGAGAGGAACGACGAGUGCAUGCAGAAGAGGCUGCUCUGGGACGCGCACCUCGACUACAUCUACACCCAGCACAAGGGCAAGCCGUGAGGAUGAACACCACAUCUUCGUCUCGGUUGCCGCGGCUGGGUGUGAUGGUCUGGGCGGAGUACAUGCUGGAAAGUUGAUAGAGUACCUGCUGCUAGCUUAGUUCUGUUACUAAUAUAUAUCCAUGAUCCAUCUAGGAGUAUAUGGGUGUGUCACUGUCACCUCGUUUGUACAUCUCUAAGUCUAAUAUAUGUAUGGUACCAUUUUCUUCGA